AGUUACUUCUAAUUAGCCAGCCUCUUCUUGCUCGCCUCACUUCUCCACCCUGCAGCCAGAUCCUCUCCUCAGGGACCAGGGACUGCCAGGGGCCCCUCUACCUCGCAGCACCCAGACCGCAGACAUCCGAACCUUUCUGGAACUGUUUUUGGCACCUUUCACCUGACGACGCCGGUGCGCACGACAGUUACGCACGACUUGGAUGGAGACAUUAUAGCUGUUUGAUAGCAAAGUUCUCGUUUAGUUGUGUUUUUGGACUUUUGUCUUGACUUCUCGGCUUAGGUUCAUUUUUCGUGUGUUUUAGAAUAGCCACACAAGGACCAUUUAAAUCUGCUGUGGUUUUGCGCUCCAGGUUACGACAGGUGUAUUUGCGCAUCUCCGCCGCUGCAGUUUUCAACAACAGGUGCACGGCUCAUUGACACUAAGUCAGGGUAGUACAGAGAUAGAGACUGGGAGAGAGCAAAGAAAAACAAAAAACACUUGAUAUAAAGCCUGGCAAAACAAGACAGGGUCAGAGAGAGAGAGGGAGAGAGAGAGAGAGAGAGAGAGAGAGAGAGAGAGAGAGAGAGAGAGAGAGAGAGAGAGAGAGAGAGAGAGAGAGAGAGAGACACCCCCUGGAGACUAGCUAGGAGACCCGGCCCCCGGUCUGAGAGAAGGAGAGAGAGAGUGAGUGAGUGAGGGAGUGUUUUAAAGCCGGCAGGAGGCAUGAUGUCCUACAUUAAGCAACCCCAUUACGCCGUGAACGGGUUAACGCUGUCCGGCCCGGGCAUGGAUCUGCUCCACACCGCCGUUGGAUAUCCCAAUACGCCGCGAAAGCAGCGCCGGGAACGAACCACCUUCACCCGCGCUCAGCUGGAUAUUCUGGAGGCGCUGUUUGCCAAAACCCGCUAUCCGGACAUCUUCAUGAGGGAGGAGGUGGCCCUUAAGAUCAAUCUGCCCGAGUCCCGAGUCCAGGUCUGGUUCAAGAACCGUCGUGCCAAGUGCCGCCAGCAGCAGCAGCAGAGCACAGGCCAGUCCAAACCGCGGCCUCCGAAGAAGAAGGCGUCUCCGGCCCGGGAGACCAAUGCUGAGGCCAGUGCCAACCCCACCAACGGACCCUACAGCCCUCCACCCCCUCCCCCGGGCACCGCCAUCACCCCCAGCUCCAGCUCUGCCAGCGCCACAGUCUCCAUCUGGAGCCCGGCCUCCAUCUCCCCACUACCAGACCCUCUGUCUGCCUCUACCACCCCCUGCAUGCAGCGCUCCACUGCCUACCCCAUGACCUACACCCAGGCUCCGGCCUACAGCCAGAGUUACGCAGGCUCAUCCUCCUACUUCACUGGCCUGGACUGUAGCUCCUACCUGUCCCCCAUGCACCCGCAGCUGUCGGGCACCGGGGGCGCCCUGAGCCCCAUCACGGCCUCCUCCAUGGGCGGGCCCCUCAGCCAGUCCCCCGCCUCGCUCUCCUCCCAGGGCUACACAGCCGCCUCACUGGGCUUUGGAGCUGUCGACUGUCUGGACUACAAGGACCAAGCUGCCUGGAAGCUCAAUUUCAACGCCACUGACUGUCUGGACUACAAAGAUCAGAACUCCUGGAAGUUCCAGGUCUUGUAAAUACAGCAAGUCAGAAGUGGGCAGGGGAGGGAAUAGGGAAGGAGGUGAGGAAGGGAACGAAAUCACAGCGAGGUGAACACCCCAAGAUUGCGUUCAGUGUUAAAAGGAAGAAGGAAGAAAAUAUGGGACACAGAAAUCAACUAAUCAUAUCAGUCUGUGAACUAAUCAGCUGAAAAAAAUCUUUUUCAUUUGUGCUGUUUGGAACUAUUUGUGGAAGCUGUGUAGUAACUGAUGUGUUGAUGUUUGGCUUGGUGACUGUAACAAAGAGACGAUGGCAAUUUAUCUAAAUGUCAUGCAACAACGAAAUCAACCUUGUAAUCAAGGAAUGGUAAUGCAUGUAAAAGGAAGGCAAUAUUGUAAUAUCUGUAUAAUGAGAUCAAAUAAGUCUAAACAAACAACAGUUUUAUACUCAAUCUUCGUUAAUCAGCAAUCACAGUUCAGUGGGUUAAAAGGCAGUAAUUGCUGUGAAUAAUGAUUUUAAUUACUGUAUCAAGAUAUUAUUCAUAAGAGGAUUUAAAGAGAACAUGAAAAACAAAGGAAACUAUCUAGUCACAUAUAAAAUGCAUCCUUUUGAUUGCUGACUCAGUGGUUCUAGUUAAUAGUAAUAUACAUUAGGUCUGAAUGAUAGAGCUGAAAUUCAGAAAGCAGUUUGACUAGCCUUGACUUGGACCAAAUUUAAAACAGUGCUUAUUUUUCUCAUUACUACAGCAUGACAAUUGUACUUUCAGUAGCCCAUGAGUUGUUUGAGUAAUGACUAAAAUAGACUGCUUUGAAUUUGAUGUUGAGUGCUAAAGUGCAACAAUCAAACAAGAGUCCGAGAUUAUGUUUAUUUCUUCCCUUUACACUUUGUCUUUUAUUUGCUCUGAUGUAUGUCCUUUUUUAAAGCUGCUUUUUUAUUUCCAUCAGUGAGCCGAUGCAAAAAGCUUGGAGCCAAACAGACACACCCCCCUAACAGACAUCUGAAUGGCAGACAGACAGAUGUGGAUGUCCUUAGGGUGGCCACUGUUUCAGUAAAUAAGAAAACAGAGAACAAACGACAGAAUAGGACUUUAUAGCAUCCAGAAGCUGAUGAUUCCCAGUAGCCUUGUACGAUACUGACACUCUGCAGCCUGUGUGGUACAGGGGGAAGGGGUAGGGUUAGUCACUAAAGUCUCUGCAGUACAAACCUGUUGCCUUUGAGCAUGGUUGUAACCCUUAGCAGAAUGGCUCUUGCGGUUUUAGGUAAAUAGAAACACACACAACAGUUAAGGCAGCCAAGUAAACUCCCGCUCCAUCCCACGCUGAGUUUGCACGGGGUUAGUGACCGACUGAUUAUUGAGGCAGUUCUUGAAUAUUCAAAUGACUUUACAAAACCCUGUUGCUGAAAAAGUAAAAGACUCCGGUGAGUUGUUUGACAGGAGAGAAGACUGCACCAGAGAAAGGGAAGGGACUGGGCUGCCAUGAUGGAGCCCCCCUUUGCACAGAGAGUUUGGUGUCUCUCUCAGCUCCAGCUUGUAAAGAUGUGAUGGGUACCACUAUGUGUUUGAUGUAUCGUUUGAUUUUUUUUGUAUUAGACUAAAACAACAUGUUUCUUUGAAAAUUUGUGAAUUCUUUGAAGUAAAAUUGUGGUAAUUUGUUUUGAAGUUGAUAUUAUUAUCAGUAUUAUUACUGUCAUUAUGAAUAUUAUGUCUUCAGCUGACAUUGAUAUUGCUAAUAUACUUUUUGUUGUUCUUUUGUAAAUAUUAAAACUUUACUUGAAAAUGCAAUCAUGUCUGGUAUCAGCAAUGUGUUGCUACACAGGCACUCACCCUACCGAAUCGCUCUCUCUUUCUUAAUUUCUAGACAACUGCCAAUUUUUUAUUUUUUUUCUCUGUUUAUAUUUUUCUUUUUCUUCUUUUUUUCAGACUCAGGGGUUUAUCCAAUAAAAGUAGCAGUAAUAGGAUAUGAUGCUGUGUAUGCUUCUUAAUCAUCUACUUUUAUCUUUUACAUUAUUAUAAUCUUCUCUGCUUAUUUUUCUGGCAUGAAUGAAUCUUCUUAUUUUGUAUAUUUCAUCUGUUAACGUCUCCUGUGUUUGACCAAACUCACCACCACCAUGCUAGAUAGCCAUGAUGUUUCUGAGACAUUAAAUUACUAAAUAAAAAUCAUGGGGGCACUGUGUUUUA